AAACAUGUCAUUCUAGAAUCUAGACAGAGACAGAGAGAGAGGGAGAGAGUCAAAACUUCCACUCAUCACCAUCUAUGGGCUGCGUCUCCUCUAAACUCAUCAGGAAAGACAUCAAGCAAGAGCAUGUCAUCAUCGACAAUUGCGGUGGCGGCGGCCGUUACUUAAGCCAUGUGGUUUCUCUAACUUCCUCUACCUAUGGAGCACUCAAGUUGGACAAGGACAAUGACCAACCAGUCAUUGCUGCAAAGCCACGCGAAGAACCAGAAGCUAUCACCACCAUCAACGCUUGGGAACUCAUGGAGGGUCUUGAAGAUGGAGUGCCCAUUUCAAAUCAGCCUAAGAAAAGUCCAAAGUCUUCUUCACCUUUUCUUCGUGGGUUCAUGAACUCAGACACCAGGAGCCCCUUGAAGUUCUUGAAUCAACUGGGGUCCCCCAAGACCGUGAAGAAGUCCACUGGGAAGGAGAACAAGGUUCAAGUCAAUGGAGUCAGAACUGGUGGUGUGAGACGCUUGGAUUAUAGUAAUAGUCCCAAGGGAAUUCUCAAACCAAGCAAUUUGUCACCCAAUGCAAGUAAGAAUUCGGGUAUUCCAGCGAAAGGGUCUCCGAUUUGUGCCAGAAGAAAGAGUUUUGGUGGGAAUGAGAAAGACACUCUGCAAUGUUCCUCGCGGAGGAAGAGUCAGAGUCCUCUGUUUGAUCCAGAGCUUGUUGCAUCAUAUGAAAAGGAACUCUCUGAAGAGGAAGAACAGGUCAAGAGAAUGGUUUGGGCUACUCCAAAAACCAGAAGAGCAAGGAAAUCGCUGGAUUCACUGUCCUUAAUUCAGAUGUUUGAGAAAAAAUGUCCACCGGGAGGGGAAAAUUCUGUGGUGAUUUACACUACAACUUUGCGAGGAAUCAGGAAGACUUUCGAGGAUUGCAACAAAGUGAGGGCAAUCAUUGAAUCUUACUGUGUGCAAAUGCGUGAGCGUGAUGUGUCAAUGGAUUCAGGGUUUAAGGAGGAGUUGAGGAAGCUGAUGGGGGCGGAGCAAGUGAAAGUUCCGGUUGUUUUUGUGAAGGGAAGGUUGGUUGGAGGAGUUGAUGAAGUUGUGAAGUUGGAAGAUGAAGAGAAAUUGGGGGUUCUGUUGGAGGGGAUUCCAAAGGCAGUGGGUGGGUGUGAAGGUUGUGGUGGUGUGAGGUUUGUGAUGUGUGUGGAAUGUAAUGGAAGUUGCAAGGUUUUGGAUGAGGAUAAGAAGAAGACAGUCAAGUGUGGGAAGUGUAAUGAGAAUGGAAUCAUGCAAUGUCCUAUCUGUUGUUGAGGUUUGUGUGUGUUGGUUUGGAUUUGAUUUUGGGGUGGUUUCUGUUCUUAAUUUGUAGGACGAGACAGAAAAAGCAUGGUGUUUGAUGUUUAUUUCUAGCUAGGGGUAGGGUUCUAAAGCUUGUUUUAGUUCCCUUUAUGUUGUUGAUUCUUUUACUCUCUUGCAUUUGGGACACUAGUUGUUGUUCCUCCACUAAUCUAAUUUAAUUUUACACGCAUGGAUUGGAUUCUUUUACUCUCUU